UACUACUACAAAACUGACAGUUACAUCACUAGCCCAUCACUUGUGAAUAUCUGUUUUCCACAGCUCUCAUUCCUGCAGAGUUUAAGCCUCAUGGAGAACAUGCCUUUUAACCAUGCAAAUCCUCAAGGAACACAGAGACCAUCCAGGAGACAAUGGCUCCUCUACUCAACAAUAGUCAUUUUGCUAUUGUUUUGCUCCUUGAGUGCACUAAUCCUUACUUUUCUCCCACGCAAGACUGCCUGUGAGCCCUGUAGAGCACAGACUGGACCAUUGGCCUCCAAAUGGCAAAUGACAUCUCCUGAAUCUCCUUGCGUGGAUAAGAUAGCUGACUGGAAGCUGAGGAUUCUCCAGAAAGGCUACUACAUAAUUUACGGUCAAGUGGCUCCCAAUACAACCUACCAGGAAAAAGCUCGUUUUGCAGUACAGCUACUUAAGAAUAAAGACAUCAUACAAACUGUUACAGACAAAUCUAAAAUCCAGUAUUUAGGAAGGCCUUGUAAACUGCACGCUGAAGAUACAAUAGAGUUGAUAUUCAACGGUGAACAUCAGGUUCUAGAGAACAAUACAUACUUGGCAGUCGUUUUGAUAGAAAACAUCAAAUUGAUUUCCUAGAGACUUGAUUUGGUCUUCCUAUCUUCUUUAGCACAUGCAGAGGGUGGGAGAGUAGGGGGUUGGAGGAGGCAAAUUUUCAACACCUAAAGUUUGGCUACACAAGUCAACACAAACAGAACUCCUCUACAUGCAAAUUUUCUUCUCUUGCUUAUCAGAAAGAGACUUGGUAGAUGGGACAAAGAUAAUUGGUUAUUAUUGACACUGAGUUAGUAAAGACACUUUGCUAAUUCACAACAAAAUGAAUUGAUUGGAGCACAGAAGCUCCUCAAAGAGUCUUUGACUGGCUGGGUGGCUAAAUGAGGACUUAUUCCCAUGAGAGCCACACCUUGCAUAAAAAAAGAACCAGGAGAGUAGCCUGGCUUUGUUCUUAUAUUCUUGCACUAUUUCCCAUAUCCCCCAUUUUCUGAGACCCUCUAUAAAAAAUAGAUUGGUAGAGUGGCUACAGAUAUGCCAACACCACCCCACUUUAGUUGUGCUAGAGGAUAGGAAACAUUCUAGAAAACUGUUGGGACAGAGGCAUAAGUAGCAGCAAAUGGAAUGCACUUUACUUGGGAAUUUCCCUUGAUUUCAUCACACUCAGGAUGCAGAGCUUUAUAAAACCAACUGAUCAAAAGAGUCAUUCUGGACUUUCACAUAGGGUUUCAUGAGAACUUUUUCUAAAGUACUCUCAUAUAUCAAAUGGCAAGCUUAUAAAGUUAAAGGGAUGGUAUUUUGGGCACAAUUUUAAUAAUGAGAAUAUGGAGGACGAUGGAGUAAAGAUAACAUGCCUCAACCCAUAGAAUUAGAGAUUAACAGGGCCAGCAGGCCUCUCAUUGUAUUCUACUGUCUCAGCUUUAGAGCUAGUAUUUCUGUCAUCAUUCUGUAAGUCUAUCAAGUUUAGUAUAUUCAUUCAUCAGGAUGUGUAUUCACUUUCAAUCCAAGAUAUGUAGAGAAAUGCUACAACAGAUCUUUCUCUACAUCCCACACCGCCCCUUCCCCUGGUUGGAGAAGGAAGCACAAGGGUGUUGCUCAGGGUUUACUCCAACCAUAUCCUACUACCAAGUGUCUAUCUUGGUCAAAUAUGUCAACUUCUAAAAAUAAUGAAUAGCACUCAAUGACACCCUGUUAAAUCUUUGGACUCUGUUAAUUAGCUGCUUGUUGGUUCUUUUUGAAAGAUAUGUAAUAUGAUAAUUGUUAAUCCAACUUAAAAUAUUUAUGGAUAUUUGUAAAAGACUGUAUUGUUAUUAAUUAUAUCACAUAUAAAGCUAAUUUAAAAAUACUGUAUUGUGUAUAUCAAAACUUGCUCAGGAGUAGGCCAAGCCUGAGGCCAUGAAAUUUCUUAGUCUUUUUUAAAAAAACAUCUCCUGAGUAAUUGUAGGGCCAAAGACUUGUAUGCCUUGUUCUUCUUGCAUUUGUAUAUCUUCUCAGGAAAUUAAAUUUUUAUCAUAUAUA